CGGAUCGAGGUCGAGAAAAGCAUGGAUGAUUGCUGGUGGCAUGCGAAGCUGUUGAGGUAGAUCAUUAAAUCAUUGAUGAUCCUUAUGCUCCUCGUUGUUCUUAUUAUCUGGCUCGCAGCUCAUCACUGUUCUUAGUUGGACAGGAAUCUUGGAAAAGCUGUCUAAGACCGCGUUGCCGGCUACCAUCGUUCUCUAUAUGUUUAUAAGCUGGGAUUGGUGUUGCUCGCAGAAACACGCAAAUGGAGCUUGUGAGGAGCUUUGGAACACUGUUUUUGCUGCUGUGCGUCAUUCUUUUCUUCCAACAGGCAGCCGGGAGAACGAGAAAGUUUGAGUUUAAUGUCGCAUAUAUGAGUGUUAACAAGUUAUGCCGAGCUACGAGGAUUGUUGCUGUCAAUGGGCAGUUUCCCGGGCCUUCCAUCCGCAUCCAACAAGGCGAUAAAGUGAUAGUUCGAGUUCAUAAUAUGAUACGCAGCAACAUCACUAUUCACUGGCAUGGAGUUCAGCAGCGGCUUUCGUGUUGGCAAGACGGGCCUGCAUUUAUAACUCAGUGUCCCAUCCAAGAGAGAAACUCGUUCACGUAUCGAUUUAGAGUCGAUCAAGUCGGGACACUUUUCUGGCACGCUCAUGCAGCUUGGCUUAGAGGCACAGUCCAUGGUGCGUUUAUCAUCGAGCCUGUUACCAGAAGACCGCGGCCGUAUCCAUUUCCCCAGCCAUUUAGAGACGAGACCAUCAUCCUUGGAGAUUGGUUUGUCAACGAUCUCCUCGAAGAGGAGGAGCGAGCUAUAGUUUCUGGCGGAGCACCGGACAUGUCCAACGCUUUCAUAAUCAACGGGAAGCCUGGGCCUCUCUUUAACUGUUCGGCGACUUCUUAUUCCAAGUCAUUCACUCACGAGGAGAACACGCACAAGAUCGGCUUCAUACCAGGAGAAGCUUACCUCCUGAGAAUCAUCAAUGCUGCACUAGAACAGGACCUCUUCUUCUCAAUCGCAAAUCACACCAUGACCGUCGUCGAGAUCGACGCAUCCUACACAAAGCAUCUCACAGUCACCGAGUUUCUCAUCACCCCGGGGCAAACCGUAUCAGUUCUAGUCAAGGCAAGCCAGCACGGUGGAAGUUACUACAUGGCAGCCUCGCCUUGGAGAUCCGGUGGUGCUCUCUUCCAGCCAACAGUAGCUCUUGGCAUCAUCGAGUACAUUACUCCACACGGGAAUUUUUCGCUCAUGCCAGUUCUUCAUAACCUGCCGAACCCGGACGACAAGGCCUUGGGACAAAAGUUCCAGAAGCUGCUGCGGAGCUUAAACUCGAAACAGUAUCCAGAACAAGUUCCUCAGUUGGCAGAUCGACGCCUGUUUCACGUCGUCAGCUUGAACGUAAAGCCGUGCUCUCCAGGCAUCAUUUGCUCGGGACCAGCAGGACUACGCCUAUCAAGCUCUAUCAACAACGUUUCUUUCGUCUCACCGAAGACUUCGUCCAUUCUGGAAGCUUACUACAACAGGAUUCCGGGUGUCUUCACGGCCGAUUUUCCUGACAAGCCGCCGGUUCCAUACGACUACGUUGGCAAGGCUUUCGAUAUCUCUGAUCUCUUUUCGGAGACUGGAACGAGAGUGAGCGUCAUUCCUUACGGUGCCAACGUCCAGCUCGUUCUCCAGACGACCAUCAACCUUGCAAACGACAGCCAUCCAUUUCACCUCCACGGUUUUGACUUCUACAUCGUUGGCGAGGGGCACGGCAACUUUGACGGUGCUCGAGACGAGCGCAAGUUCAACCUUGUGGAUCCUCCACGCAGGAACACUGCGUUGAUUCCAAUCAAAGGCUGGAUAGCUUUAAGAUUCAAAGCUGACAAUCCAGGUAUGAUACUUUCCAUUCAUUCGGCUUCUAACCUUAUGAGUCUGCGACCAGGAACUUGGCUGUUCCAUUGCCACCUAGACGGACAUCUUACUUGGGGACUGGAGAUGGCAUUCAUCGUUCUAAACGGUGAAGGCCCCAACCAAACUUUGCCUUCUCCGCCAAAACAUCGACCAAAAUGCUAGUUUAUGCCGUAAGUUUUCACAGGCACGACUCAAUGAGUUUCUGAUCGGUGUUGUUGUUAUCAGCUCAAGGAUCAUUGCCGACGAUUCUUACCAGAUAAAUGCGUACACUAUGUCUUGGACUCAGCAUUCGUAACAUCGGGUAAAAAAUCCAAACAGGUGGAAUUUCCUCCGUAGAUUUCUCACGCCAGCCCAGGCUCCGAAUCCAACACCGAUUACAAGUAUCCAGACAACAACACCGACGUUGAUUGCAUAUAUCCAUAUCCAGCUCGGCAGCCAGAAAGGAGGCCCCUCUUUGGACUCCUGCUCACAAGAAGUACUUCUGUGAUAAACCAUGAAAGCCACGCACGGGACAAUGUAGAUCGUAAAGCUCGUGAAGAAAGCAGCCGCCACUAUAUUGAUAACGCCAAUGAAGGGAAUCAUCAGCGCGACGAGCCAGACCAGUAUCACGACUGGCAAUCUCGCGGCGGAUUUGAGCAAGUAUCGUCCUGGCAACGAGUGUAUCCCGCAAAACUUCUCCCACGUAAGAUAGAUCGGAAGCACCGAGAAGCCAAACUGGACGAACUGCAGCAAAGAGCACUAUGGUCAGGCAAGCUUUCCAAGUUUAUCUUCUUUCGCUCUUUGCAAAGGGUUCUUUCGUCUCGCCUGGUGGAUGAUCAUGAGAAUUAUGGCUACGUCACGGUACUUGGACUUGUGGAACCUGGUGAGAGCGUAUGAGUGGUGGAGCAUCUCCUCUCCAUACGUCCAGUAAACCGCGAUGGCCGAAGGCAAAGUGAGAGUCCAUAUGUAGAGAACCGCGUAGAGAUAAAUCUCCUUAAAUUUUUGUGGCUUCUUCAUGGCAUGGGUGAGCUCGCUAAGAUGGUGAAGAUAACCAGGUGAUGUUAUAGUAAAGAGAUCCGACUUACAUUGUCAA